AUGGCGAAAAUCACCAAUGAUUCAAAAUAUGAAAUGAUCCAGGUGGUUAUAGAAAAGCCUCCAUUAAUGAACAGCUGCGGCUUUGCGGUAACUGGAGGAAUCGAUAACCCUUACUCAGAGGAUCAAAGUGUUGGCAUUAUUGUCAAAGAAGUUUUAAAAGGCGGUCCGGCCGAUGGUAAAUUAAGGCGAAAAGAUCAUUUAAUAAAAGUAAACCAUGUAUCUUUAGCUAAUGUUACUCAUGCUUUUGCCGUAAAAACAUUAAAAGAAACUGGCCAAAGAGUAGAUAUACUGCUUAAAAGAAAAAAGGAACUUGUAGCUUUAAAUUCAUUAACUGGUAGGAAAGUUAGAAUAUUUCGAAGCAUUGAUCCUCGAUUAUCUGGAUUUGGAUUGAAAUUAUGUUCCCAAGUUGUAGCUAGACGAGUUACAAUAGGUGGUCCUGCAUCAGAUGCUCGCAUUAAUGAAGGCGAUAUCAUUCAAGAGAUAAAUGGAACUAAGGUGGAAAACAUGUCGAUCGCAGUAUUAGAAAAUUUAAUGAGCCAAAGCGAUAGUGUGGAAUUAGUCAUAGCCAGUCAUCCUUCUCGAAGUGAGAAAAAUCCAAUUAAAACAUCAUCGGCAAUAAUUCCAAGCAAAUCGUCUCCAGGUGGAUUAAAUGUAAUAAGUCAUACUAGUAGAGAAGCAAAAUCAAGCACCGAAAUCCAAUCGAUUUCAAGGAAUACAACCUAUUCGUCACCGCCUGUACAACUUAUUAAUAAAAAAAGGGAAUCAGAGAGGCCAAGCAGACAUAAAUCCAAACUGCAACUUUCACUAGGGAACACAAAACAAGGAACAAAUCAAGAUAUUAAUACUAAUACUUCUUUCGAUGAAGCUCCUUCAUCAUCAAGACAGCAAGAAUUAGCUGAAACGAAUUCUCAGCCAUUGCAAGUUUCUCCUCGCAGUAAUACUGCUACACCUACCAGUACACAAUUAAGUCCAAUGCCUUUGCCUGAAGUAGUUGAUUCAACACCCAAGAAAAGCAAUGCUGAAGACAAGGCGAAAAGUCGAUGCUCGUCGGAUGAUGAGAAUGCGACAUCAAGAUUAAUCAAAUUCCGUAAAGAAACCAAUCUAUGUAUUCAAAUUGCUGGCGGCAACGAUGUUGGAAUAUUUGUUGCUUCCGUCAAAAAAGAUAGUCCGGCCGAAAUAAAUGGGUUAAAAGCUGGCGAUGAAAUUAUACAGGCAAAUGGUAUCGAGCUAAAAAAAUUAACCCGAGAAGAAGCUGUUCUUGUACUGCUAGAUCUUGGCUCAGGAAUUUCAUUACUUGCGAAGCAUAAACCAAGACGUUACACGGAAAUUAGAGAUUCGCCAGGGGACUCAUUUUACAUAAGAUGCAAUUUCGACUACGAUGGGAUAGCUCUAAAUGAGCUUACUUUUAAAAAAGGAGAGAUAUUCCAUGUUCGUGAUACCAUGUAUAACGGAGUGAUCGGAUCAUGGCAAGCUCAACGAGUAGAUUGCCGUGGCGUGGAAAAAGACUACGGCAUUAUUCCUAAUCAAGCAAGAGGCGAACAAAUUGCCUUAUCCCAAGGACAGCAGAAGGUGAGAACAGCACAAAGAACUGCUGGAAGUGUCAUUAAAAAAAGAAUUAAGAAGAAGGUCGAUAGAUUAAGACGGCAUACUGUCCAAGUCAGUAUGCCAUCAGCAGAAAAGAAAUUACAUGAAGGUAACAGUUUAAUUGACGUUCCCGCAUAUGAUAAAGUUCUCCUUCGUGAAGCCAAUUUUGUUCGACCCGUGGUCAUCCUUGGACCUAUUGCCGAUGUAGUUCUGAAAAAAUUAUUGGAAGAUACACCAGAAAAAUUUGAACCUCCAGUUAUUACGGAUAAGAAGGGUAUUCGAAUCAGCGAUAUUAAAAAUGUUACCAAAAAGAAUAAACAUUGUAUUUUUGAAGUGGAAAUGUCAUCGCUUUAUAAGCUGACAUGUGCCCACUUGUAUCCUAUCGUCAUUUACACCUAUCCUCAUUCGAGAUAUGUUCUCAGGGACUUAAUGAUUGACUUCAAAGGCUAUUCUAAUGAACAUGCAGCAAAACAAUCCAGGAAACUUUAUGAAAAAAUGCUUUUAGAACAGCAAGAAAAUAAGCAUUUGUUUACAGAUGAAAUUAUGAUGUACCUUGGUAAUUCAUGGUUAAUGGCUGUCAAGAAUUCAAUUACUAAGCAGCAAUUCGAACCUAUUUGGAUGCUUGAAGAUCAAGCAGCUGAGAACGAUGACGAAUUAUUACUCCUACGUCAAAAGUUGAGAACAUUAUCGCAACUGUCGGCGAAUCAAUCCAUUCCAAACCUACGACGCACACAUUCAUUAUCUAGUAAAAGCUUAGACGAAGAUAUAAAUAGAUUUGUCCCCAGAUCAAUAUCAGAACAAAAUAUGAAAGGCUUGGAAAUAAAAAAAGAUGAAGAUGGUAAUUUGAAUCCAGGGAAUCCUAAUCUUCCUGAAAGAGCUUAUCCUGAAGUAUUUGAUACGGAUAAAAAUGAAGACAAAGCUAAAGAGAAGGAAAACGAGGUUUCACUUCGUAAACCGCAAGCAAUUAAUUUAGAAAAGUGGCCUAGAAAGCGUGAUAGUCGGCAACAAUCGAGGAAACGAGGAUUAUCUGCAAGUCUAGGAUGGGGUAGCGAAAAUUCCAAUCCAAACAGCCCAAUGAGUGAAACUAUUCCAUCCAAGUCAGUCCAAACUCCUACCGAUCAUGAUAGUCAUCCCAUUGAACCUCAUCCAAUAGUCCACGAAAGGGUAAAGAAAACAAGUGCCAUUGCUGAAGCAGAAGCAAUUUCAGUUGAUAUCUUACCUAGUCAUAUCAGACCAGAAGAUAUCUUUACUGUUCAUGAAUCAGAUCUUGUCCCUCAGCGUGAUCAAGACCCUAAAACUUCAUCUAAUGACUUACCCAAUAAAAGUAUGUCAAAUAAUGAGCCAUUACUUAAAGAAAAACCAGCUGUAGACGAAACUAAAGUAAAGCCAAGCGAGCAAUCAUCAAGUCAGGAAAAACCAAGCGGUAAAUUAUUAAUCAAGGAAAAAUCUGCUAAUCCAUCUCUUAGUGAAGAAAAAUCAAAUAUUCCAUCAUCAAACGAAGGAAAAUUGUCGAGUCAAACACCUUCUAAUGAUAAAUUUCCUGAUAUAUUACAUAGUAGAAGAUCGAGCGAUUCUCCUAGGAACACCAACAAUAAGCGCCAAGAUGUUGCUGAUGGUACGAAACCUCAGCAGAUUCCUUCCAAGGGCACAUUUGGUUACGCAAGAUCUAAUUCAAGACAAAAGCUAUUUCCUGAAGGAAAAGGUCAGGUCAAUGCAACAAAUAAGGUUACAAUAACCGCAACGGCAUUUCGACGUACCAAGCAAGAUAUUCAAUCUGGUAAACGCGGAGUAGUUAUAUCAACUGGGAGAAGAAAACUAAAUGGUCCUACUCAAAAUUCGAGUAGUGCAUCAUUGCCUCUCAACAAUCCACCAACAGAGGAUGAGAAAAAUCCACCAAAUGGUAAUGAAAAUCUAAAAACAGAGGUACCUAAUAUGUCAGAACGCGAUAUUGAUGAUGGUGCUAAUAAACUUGUUGCCCCAAAACCAUCCGAGCACAGUCCGGGAGAUAAAAUUCAAGAAACAAGAAAUCAAGAAAAUAUGGACUCUUUUCAUGACAAAGUCGAGCCGAAAUUCAAUAAUGAAGAAUUAGAGAGUAAAAGGAACCUUCAUAAUCAGAACUCGGCUAUUAAGAAUGAACCAUCAAUCGAUACUAGAAGCUUAAGUUCUUCUCCUGAAACUUCUGACGAUGAUCACACCAAGGAAAGGGAAUCUAAUGAUGACCGGGUUACUCAAGAAGAUAUGCAAGUGGUAUCUGAUGAUCCACAAGCGAUGAUUGAAAGAUCUAUGGAAGAUACCUCAAGUAAUGCAUUACCAAGUCAACAGCCCCACCAGGCAGAAAAUGGUUAUUCUCAUCUAUAUGAUGAAAACAUAGAGGUAGCAGAAUUAGAAGACGAGCAUUCGGUUCCUCAAUAUGAGGAAAUGAUAGAAGAAAAUGUUAGUUCAGAUAACGAUGAUCAACCAUUAGAUUUCGAUUCUAAAGAUAGCGAUCAUCAUUUGCAAGAGACAACAAGCGAUAUUGUCGAGGAAACUUACGAGGAAAGCUACGCUAGUCCAGACAAUGAAACUAUUAAAUCGAUACAUUAUGAUGAUGAAAACAUACCAGAUGAUAAUGAAGACGAAAGUGCAGCAGUUGAAUCAAUAGUAGAUCUUUCUAGCAUUGCUGACGUCGAUGACUUAAAUUAUGAUGCUGAAAGCGAUGCAAGUGAUCAUUCUACUUUAACACCUGAUGAAAUGUCAGAUCACUCAAUGGAAGAGGAUAAUGACAGAACACCUUUAAAAUUUUACGAUCAUAGUGAUACAUCUAUUAAUGGGCUUAUCCAACAUAGCAAUGAUAUUUAUCAGCUUAACAAGCAUGAUAAUAAUAGAUAUCUAUCAAGAUUGGAUAAUAAUUACUUACAUAAUAGUAUGGAAAAGAAAAUAAAGAAUACGCAAGAAAUGAAUGACCCUGCUGAUGCUACAAGAUCUCAUGCAGAUUCAUUAAGUACUGUUACUUCUUAUAGGACUGCUGAUGAAAUGUCUUUUAUCACUGCAGAUGGCUAUUCAACCGAUGAACAGUGUGAAAGUUUUAUUAGGAAGAAUAGCGAGAAUGGCAUCGAUAGUAGCAUGGCAAGUUCAUCUUAUAUGUCGAGUGAAUUUUUUACCGACGAUGAAACUGUUCUAGCAACAGCACAUGGAGUAUUUACUUCAGCUGGCGGAACGUUAUCAUGUGCCAGCUCUGAUGUUCGUAUUAUUAUACCACCUGGUGCUAUUCCUGAAGGUGUAGAGCAAGAUCUCUAUUUUAAGGUCUAUCAAGAUCAGCGUGAUUCUCCAUCACCAGUUGAUAAAGGCAAAGGCGAACAGCUACUGAGUCCUUUAGUUAUGUGUGGCCCUAGUGGUAUUGAAUUCAUGAAGUCAGUAGAAGUUCGCGUACCUCAUGCUAUUGCUGCUCCAAACGGCAAUGAUUUUUCUUUUACAUUAAAAACUAGCGAUGAUACAGAAGGUGGUGUUAGCCAAUGGAGUAAUUUAAUGUUGGUGCAAGGUACAGAAAAGCGACAUAAAGAUGAUAAUGAAAAUUAUCAGAUCCAUAAAGAAUUUAUUAGCAUCCACAUUGACCAUUUUUAA